AUGUUUAUGGUGGACACCGAUGGAUCAGCCAUCAGUUAUCACAUUCCAGUGAGUCCGUUUGUUCCGUUGCAGCACGAUAAAAUUGAUGUGACGACGGUGAAUCGCCUUGCGAAUUUUGGGAUGCGGUUUGCGAUGGAGCACGGCUGGUGUUACAACCGCCACAGUGGCGAUGCCCACUCAAAGUACGCGAGCGAGGCGGUCGAAGAGGGUUACGUGGAGUCUGGCGAGGACGUCACUGUCUUUUUUGCCGGCGUGGACGUGGAGCUGGUGGGCGAAUUUCCGAAGUUUGAUGGCAAAAUUACGCCAGCAUCUGUUUUCUUCUUGGGACAAUUUUGGAUCUCGCAUGUUGGCAAAAGCAGCUUUGGCGUCUACGGCAAGAUCUUCCGCUACGAGGCCGCGGAUGAAAAGAACAAAUUCCCCAUUGGUGUAUUUAAACUCACCGGUGUGAAUGUCUCCAAAAAAAGUCGACGGCCAGUGCCUAUCCCAAAGGAAAGAGCGGAGAUGCUGCUGGAGACCAUGCGAAGACAUCAGCUUAGCACAGGUCUUCCAUUGGUUGUCCGCAUUGAUGUUGCCGACUUUUUGGCACGUUCGGGGCUGUUUACGGAUACGACGUACUGCAAACUGGUAGACAAGAUGGCCACGCACGCCUCAGUUACACCGUUGACAGUGACCUAUCGUCGCGAAUUUCAUAUCAGACAAAGUGAUAUAGACUUCAACAAACAUGUCAAUCAGAUGGCUCUUAUCCAAUUUGUCAUCAACACCUUCCGAUCUGCUUUGCUUGACCAAACUACCGUCUUCCCCCGUUUGCUAGAUGUGGGCGUAGAUGCCAUUGUCGGUGAUUUGCUCCUUCGACGUCUUCAUAUUGAUUACAUUCGAGAGACCCCAAUGGGCCACCAAUCUGUGGCCGUGGCUCUAUUUUUUGCGGAAGAUUCCUCAAGAGAUGCUGUCAUUGCCUCCACACCGGAAUCUCGAGGGAAUCAGUUGGCGGAGUUGUGCUUCCUUGCUCAAGGCAUCCCGGGUGAUGGGUCCCCGUCAUACAUUGCGGCCGUUGGAAAAUUAUACUUUUUUUGUUAG